UGUGUGAAGCAAGCAAAUUAUAUCAACCAGCAAAAGAGUGACAUAUAAAACUGUGGUGUAGCAAAACUGAAAACACGGCUCUCAAAUACGUGCCUUUAGCGAGUGGAGGCGCAGUGUGUGUUUGUGCGCACGCGAUAGCGAAGUGUUAAAAUCCGGAUUAAAACGACAGUUCGAAAAAAAAACGGAAACCCCACACAUCAAAAUGGUGACCGGAAUUGGAGCCACCGCGCAACAGGUCGCCGGAACACCGGCCACCACCCAGAUACCACCGGCCGAGCCGGUCAAACGCUCCAGCGAUAAUCGUCGGAGCAACAAACCGAUCAUGGAAAAAAGGCGCCGUGCUCGUAUCAACAACUGCUUGAACGAGCUGAAAACGUUGAUUCUCGACGCAAUGAAGAAAGACCCCGCUCGUCACUCAAAGUUGGAAAAGGCCGACAUCCUGGAGAUGACGGUGAAGCAUCUGGAGAACCUGCAGCGGCAACAGAGCGCAAUGUCGCAGGCCACCGAUCCGAGCGUGAUGAACAAGUUCAAGGCCGGCUUCAACGAGUGCGCCCAGGAGGUAGGUCGCUUUCCGGAGAUCGAUCCGCACGUUAAGCGCCGUCUGCUGCAGCACCUCAGCAACUGCAUCAACGGUGUGAACAAGUCGGAUCUCCCGAAGCGCCACCAGCAGCAGCAGCAGCACAUUCUACCCUCGCCCCCAAGCUCCCCGGAGCAGCACGGACACCCGCACCCGUACGGGCUGGCCGGUCAUCCGUCGCCGCUGAGUGCCAUCCAGGCCGGUAACGGCAGUGUGUACAUGGCCGGUUCGAGCGUUCAGCUCAUCCCGACCAAGCUCCCGAACGGUAGCAUUGCCUUCGUGCUGCCAACCACCGCCGCCCAAACCCUCACCACCCAGGUGCCGCAACCGCCCGUCCCGAUGCUGGUGCCGAUCCCGAGCCGUACCGCGUCGACCGGAUCGGCCUCGUCCAGCCACUCGGGUGCGUCCUCGCUGUACGAUCGCGUCCCGCGGGAGCAUGCCACCUCGUCGCCGUACCACGCACCGCCCAGCCCGGCCAACUCGCACUACGAACCGAUGGAGUGCCACUCGUCCGCCAGCGCUUACCACCUCCACCAGCACCAACAGUCGUCCUCCGCCUCGUCGUCCUCGUCCUUCAGCAGCCCGGACAGUCCGCUCUCGCUCGUGAUGAAGAAACCCUACCACGACGAGGACGACGAUCACGAGAUGAAGCAGGAUGAUGAUGGCAAACCGUGGCGCCCGUGGUAAACCGUGGCGCGGUGCGUGAAUGCCGGAGUCAUAUACACAACAGUACCUAAGGAUGAGCUUUCGGGAAGAUGCUGUGCAGACUUCCAGGUGCCUCUGCACCGAUCCAGCCGCAUCCAGUGCGGAGACGGCCAUUGACGGCCCCGGUCCGGUUCACACCCCACUAAACCCUUGUGCAAAAGUGUCACUAGUCAUACGAUUUCCUACAAGAUUCGGGAAAUUCAUGCAUCUCAGUGUGUGCGGCAGGGAACAGUGACAUACCGAUAACAGUGCCUGUGCUUUGUGCCUGUAUGUUUUACGUGUGUGAAUGGACCGGCAAGUUGGUGAUGAAACGGAACGGUGGACGCAUAUUGUGUGAUGCUGUGAAUAGCGUUUAAGAAGAGUAACACUUUGCAGGGCAUUAGAAUUUAUAGCGCAGUGGAACAGUGAGUUAAGAGCGAUGAGCGACGGGUGUGGGCACCGAGCCGAUGUGCCUUCCCCGGAAUGAUGCAAAAUGGGUUCAAAAGCUUUAUCAGAUUCAGUCUGUUAUUAGUGGUGUGAAUGUUUGAUAGGACCUCCUCGCCAUAGCCUAUUUGUUUUUAAGCAGAUUUCUGCUUGUGUGUGUGUGUGUGUGCGUGUAUCAUUUCGAAUGUGUGAUUUUUAGAGCUUCGUGCGCUUUAGUUUAGAGUUUUUAUUUUAUUUUAUUACAAAACAAACAAAUACCUCCCCGCUUUUCGCGAGAUGCGACAAUUAAUCACAUACGUCUUCCAAACGUGAUGGCCACACUACACCCAUCACCAGAAGGGUGAAAGUCUUCCAAAUGAAACAAAAAAAAACCCAUAUCAACAUGAGCCUUUUUUGUUGCGGUUGUGUGCGUGCGCCAUGAAUCCUAUCGCUGUGCUCAAGGGGUCCGAUUUUUUCUCGGACGUCCCGAUCCCGAACACACUUAGCUGAAGUUAGCUUAACAUUUUAAAUUAUUUGCUUCGAGAGGUCCUUGAGGUAGGAGUAGGCAAGUUCGUUUAGAAGCUUUGUUGUUUUGUUUUUCAUGAUGCCGUAGUGUGAUCAUGGACUGGACAAACGCUGGCGUAUUAGCUCCUAGUAAUUCUACCCAUAUCCUUUCAAGGCUUGGGCCUCAAAUGGUUAGCAGCGAAAGGGAGAAAGUAAAUCGAACGAGGAAAAAUAACCAAGCAAUUGUGUGUGGCAAUGAGUGAGAUAGCAGACAAUAAUGUAAGACAAGGCAGAAAACAGAUCUAAGAAGCGGAAACGUUUCAUGUAAUUUACACGGUCAAGUAGAACUAUAGCUUAGGCUAACUUUUAUAAGCUAAUGUAAACCAUACGCACCCUAGCUCGUAAGUGUUAAGAAACAAUCCUAUGUAAAAAUAGUAUUUUAUAAGGCAAAACCGAGAGAAAACCCUAGCCAAUCGGUCCCUGGAUCGAGUUGCGCAAAUGAGAUAUGAAAAUAUAAAAUCGAAAAUCAUACAACAUAUAUGAUGAAAC